ACACAGUCCAGUCUGUUUUAUUGUGGGAAUAUGCUUUGUUUUGCCUAUCUCAAGCCUUUUUUGUUUACCUGUGUGUGUGUCAUUGGGAACCCAUGGACAUGCAAGAGUUACUGCUGUCAGUCAACAGACAGCGGGAUAGAAAGAAGGAUGUAGAGAGAGAUUAAAUGAGAGAUAGGCAGGGGGCAGAGAGAGAGAGAGAAGGAGAGACGCAGAGGAUUUUAAUUUUUCUAAAUCACUGACGUGCUCCAUGGCUGGUUGUUUUAUUACUGAAGCUUUCGAUCACUAACAGAACGAUGGAGAAAAGGAAUGAGAAGUUUUUUUCCAGAAAAAGAAGUUUCACAUUCGGAGCCUAUGGAGGGAUUGACAAGUUCAUCAGUGGCAAUGAGAGCAGUCGGCCAGAGUCCCUAGAACACAGCAUUCUGGACAUUCUGGACUCUCCAUCCAAUGAGACCAAACCUUUUGUUCCUACCAACUCCAACCAGAAGGUGACGGAGCUGUUUGAGAUCAUUGAAAAGCUGCAGGGCAGCAGAUUAGAUGAACAACGCUGCGAGUUCCCUCCACCAUUUAAGUCCCAGCUGCUGAAGAUCGGUGAUGACUUACCCCUCAUCUUAUCUCCUAAAUGUGGGGGUUACUGGAUUGACCCCCCACUGGACAGACGUGUGGACACGAGUCCCACAUCAUCACAGGUUGUGUUAGGCCUGGAGAGCUACGACAUCAUGGAGAGAGACAGUGAAGCCAAGAUCUACCAGGAGUUUUUCCGACACAGGUACCAUCAGUCAUUCACUGCUGUGGACCCUUCGCUGGGGCCGCUGGUUCUGUCCAUCUGCCUGGAGGAAGAGGAGAACAGACUGAGGGUGAUUCUGAGGAUGAACGAGUGCUCUCUGCAUGGGACGUUUUCAGUCUCUCUCUUCCAGCAGCUUCCCACAGCUGUGGAGCUUGCAAAGAUGUUGUGUGCCAGUGUGAAUGUAUCCCUCUUUGAAGUGGUCAGCUACCUAAAGGCUCCAGAGCUUAUAACAGCAUUUGAUGAACACAGAGUGUCUCAGAACUUUAAGUUCGGUGUCUUAUAUCAGAAGGAAGGGCAGUUGACGGAGGAGGACAUUCUCAGUAAUAAUGAAGAGAGUGCAGAGUUUAAGGACUUUCUCUCAAUACUGGGCCAAACAGUCAAACUGCGAGGAUUUACCGGAUUCAGAGGCGGACUGGACGUUUCUCAUGGUCAAACAGGAAGUGAAGCGGUGUUCACUUCUUUCCAUGGGAGAGAGAUCAUGUUCCAUGUCGCCACCAAACUGCCCUUCACAGAUGGAGACACACAGCAGCUUCAGAGGAAGAGACAUAUUGGCAAUGAUAUCGUUGCUGUAGUUUAUCAGGAGGGCCACGCCCCUUUCAUCUGCGAUGUCAUCACUUCCCACUUCCUGCACUGCUUCAUCGCUGUGAGGAGGGUGAAGAAGGAGAAUGGGACAGAUGCAGGGGACGGAGGGGCAUUUCAGGUGUCUGUCACUGCCAGGGAAGAUGUGCCCCCAUUUGGCCCACCGCUUCCCAAUCCUCCAAUUUUUACAGAGGGCUCUGUGUUUCGGGAGUUUCUCUUGACCAAACUCAUCAAUGCUGAGAUUUCUUGUUACAAAGCUGAACGGUUCAGUAAACUAGAGUUGCGCACACGUUCCUCACUUUUGGAGGCACUGUGCUCGGAACUGUCGUCCCGCUCCCGGUACAUGCUGAAAGAACCGGUACACACGAGUGUCCCCCCGAACGCCCCUCCAAGUGAAGUGGGGAGGGCGGCUCCAGAAGGAGGAGGAGGUUUCAUUGAAAACUUUAAGAGAGCCAUCAGGGUGCGCAGUCAUUCUUUUGACACGUUGGGAGGUACAAAGAAGACAGGAGGGACAGGAACCCAAAAGCAAAGAGAUGGAGAUGGUGAUUCAGGUCCCAGGACGCCGGGCCCUGGCCCUCUGACGACCGAUAACCUGGCCUACACAGAGGUCAAAGGUCAUACGAGUCCUCAAGAAGACAUGUAGCAAACUGCUUGCUGAUUUCAGUGCUCCAACCAUAAAGAUCCUCCUUUUUCUGACUUGAGACAAGACAUGGAAGACUCACCAGCGAGGGAACUGGAAGAUGUCCCAGCAUGUCUGUGUAGAGCAGUCAGUGUCAUAGAGACGCCCGUGGGUUGUAGCUUUAGCUGUUUUAUUUACAGUAAUAAAUUACAUGGUAUUGUGAGCUCAAACCUUUUGGAUAGCCAGCACCAGCAUAGUAGGGCACCAAGUCCCAUCCCUGGAGACUUCAGAGCCAAACCUAACUGCCCAUUCAGGGCCCAUUCAUCGUGAUGCCCAUGUGCCGUGCUCUCUUUAAAAUCUUGUUAUGGGAGUGAUAGUUUGAUAGUUUGGUGGCAAUGCUUGAGUUGCUAAAAUGAACUACAAUCAGUGGACUGGUGGACUAUGAGUUCAGAAGUACCCAGAAAUCCCUUCGAAACAACGAAUUCAGCUAUUACAAGGUGCACCCAUUACUGACACAGCUGUUGCUCACACACAGCUUGUAUCAUCUCCAUAAAAAAGCACUGCUAAUAGAACGGGAUGUUCUGGAGCAACCACAGCCGAAUCUGUGGUCAUCAAGCCCAGUUAAAAGGGUCAGCUAGAGGAAUACAAAGCCCCCAGCAUUGGAACAGAGGAACUGCAUUUUCAGGAGUGAAGGAGCCCCAACCCAUAUCUUUGGGAUGAGCCAUUUGUGAUCCAGAAGUGAUCAUCCAACAUUAGUACAUGACCUCACUAAUGCUCUUAUGGCUGAAAGCAAUCAUAUCCUCAAAGCAGUGUUAUAACAUCUAGUUUGAAGCCGUUCCAGAAGAGUAGAGACUGUUACUGCAGCAAAUGAGGAACAAAUAACCUAUUAAUAUCAUUGAUUUCAGAAGAAAUGUUAGAUGAAGAGUUGUCUACACACGUUGGUACUACUUUAUUUGGAUAGCCACUGUAGAUGCUUUGACUGAAUUUAACGUACAUUAAGCUAAAAGUGCUGCAGAGAGUGUCCCCACUGAUUUGUCCCCAUUGUUUUUCAUCAACUUUAAUGAAGCUUGCAACUUCAACCUAAACUAGUCUUGAAUGUAAAACUUGAAAUGGUAUAAUAUUAGUAAGAAAAAAUUGUUAUAACAUUGUUAUUCCCAAGCACUGUGUAAAAUUAUGAGGCAUCAAGAGCAAUGAAAAUCUGUCUUGUAAAAAUCUGUUUUACCAUAUAAAAGGGCCUGAGGCCAGAUUAUGUCCAGCAGCAGUCCUCAAAGGAGAGCAACUGCUCAAAGCUGUGAGGCAGAGCAGCAUCAUCCCCAUUGUUUGGGUAACAUGUUGUAAUGCAGAGGUACCCAACCAUGCUCUUGGUGAUCUACCUCCCUGGAGAGUCAAGUUACAACUCUAAUCUAACCCAUCUGAUCCAGGUGAUUCAGGCCUUCAGGAGCAUCUUUAUCUGAGCUGAGUCUUUUGGUACUACGUUCCCUGGGGCAGUAGAUCACCAGGAACAGGAUUGGGCAUCACUGUAAUAGAGUCACUCAGAAAUUGUGGAUUUAAUUUCCAUAAUUACAAGGGUACAAUCUCAGUUGUCCUCAGGAUUCUUGUGGACGCAAACCGAAGAUCCAUCUUUGUUGAUGAGGGCACCAAUGGCAGUCAGCGAUGGUGGAGAAUGAAACGAGCAACCUUGAAAAAGCUAAAGCCAGACAAAUGUUUACCAUCCAGGACCAUGUCCCAACUUAACAGAGAGACCAGGAUUUUCAACUACUGGUUACUUUUUCACAUUUAGGUGACUGCAUUUUAGAAUUUGUAGAAUGACCAUAAUCCACUGUUGCUUUUUUCCUCCAGCAGCCACACAAAGUCACCAAAGUCCUGAUGUCACUGCAGAAUUACUAUCAUUAGCUUUGGUGCAGUUUAGACUUUAACAUGUGUUUAAAUCUGACUCAUGAGUCCAGUGUAUUCUUAAACUCCAGUGAUGUUUCUUGGUAGUUAUAAGCGUACGUGGGAAGUUUAAACUAAACUUAAUUGAUAUUUUAACCUGAUUUUGUGGAGGUUUAAGGCAAAACAACUGUAAUUAAAGCAUGUAUAAUGGCAUAUUUUAGCAUUUUAUUAUCAAUCCUCCAUACCCUUCACCAUAUUUUGGAUGCUUCAGGCAAGCCUGUGUUAUUUACUUAAUGUCAGUAAUUUUAAUGUAGGUUAAUUGUACAAACAUGCAAAAAAGACACACCAAGAAGAAACCAAUCAGGUUGAUGUGUAGAUUUCAUUUAAUACACAUUAAGAGUCACAGAUCUACUUCAUUUUCAAAAAGAGCAGAUUGUGGCAAGACUAGUGACAAAGGACAGGCUAUAAGAUUUUCAGAAAUGGGUGUGUUAUAGGCUGAUGGCUGAUGCUGAACGUUUAACAUUAGGCCAUAAAGUUUUAAUAAUUUUA